CAGCAUGACGGACCAACACCAUGACGGAGCAGAGGCGGAUGCAGAGGACACUGAUGAGCUUCUCUACACUGAUCUGAAUGUCAGCAGCAGUGUGUUGGACCUGGAGCCUCAGCCUCUCAGGCUGGACCACUGUGACCUCCUCCUGGAUGCCAUCGAUGCUCAGCUCGGUCAACUGCAGGUCCAGCCCCACAAACAUCAGGGAAUUUUCAGAAAGCAUGACUGCAGCGAUGCCGCUCCUCUUCAGUGGAGUCGAUCUCUGAGCAAAGACACAGGCCUUGGAAGUACAACUCAGACAAAUGACACACCCAUGUCUUGUCUUGAUUUAGUACAAACUCCGACGAUGAAGCAAAAAUUUGAGAGGAACACAGGCUGCAGGGGAGGUGCUGACACUCAUGAGGACACUAAGAAGAGGUUUGACAGAAGAUCAAGAAACAAAGAGGAAAUGGAGUCUCGGAGAGAGGAGGUCAUCUGGAGACUCGAGAGGCUGCUUGGGGACACUUGUGAGGAGGACACAAUGCCAGGAGAAGCACACCCUCUUUCAGACAGUGUCUGCACUGAGGACUUUGUCAGGCGCUUCGAUGAAGAAAUGGUGGAAGUGGCAUUACCAGAGAGUCAUUUUCAACAGCAAGACAAAAGAGAAGAGGCUGAGAGGACAGAGACCUCUGACAGUGACACUCGCCAGAGUGAACAAAAAGGACAAAGUGUUCUUCAUUUCAAAAGACGAGGAUCAGUAACACUGGGGAAAAGUAGUAAAGAUGCAGUGACUGCUCACUAUUCCCUGUCAAACUACCCAGCUCCACGGAAGGAAGUGGACAAGUGUCUUUCAAAUAACUUUGGAGUGAAUACAUCACAUAGUGAGAAGGCACCACAGAGGCUCGGUGACGAUUGCAGCCUCUCACACAGAGCAGUGGUUGUAACAGAACAUGAGAGCAAACAACACAACAGAUGCUGUUCUCCUGAGGCCAGGUGCCUGGCAGUGACUGGAGGUUGCAUGUUUUUUACAGGAGUACCUGUGAGGAGUUUUGACUCUGUGUCCAUUGCAAGUGACCUGGACUCAGUCGGCACAGAGCAAGUCAGACAGCACAUUCACACACGGCCGGGAUGGCGCUCUCUCCUUCAGUCAGUCACGGGCGUGGAUGAUUACUUAACUAACCAGACUGACGAUGACACACCCACACAGGAAGAAAGUGAGCCUCAGUCUACAUCAGUCAACAGAUCCUCUUUUGGCAAUUGCCAAAAAAGAAAACUUCGGAAAACUCAGCAUAAAAAGAGAGAAAGUUGCAGACUCAAGUUCUCUUUGGGACACAACGACAAAGACACAGAUGAGGACAUUUCUGACAGGACAUCAGAGAAAAUACAGUGGACCAAAAUGAAAGAGCAGCUCACUAAUCUCUGUCAAAAAUGUGAGAACGAGGAGGGGACACUCAGGUUGAAGAGGACUCAGUUAAAAGACGUUGAGCUCUGCCUUUCUGAACUUCGGCAGAGAAGAAAGCAUGCCUUGCAGGAAUUAGAGCGAGUGACUGCACAGAGAGCACAGAUGGAGAAGGAGAAGAAGACUAUGGAGUCCAGUCUGAGAGACAGCAGGGUAGAGAGAGACUCUCUCAGCUGCCAAGUGGAAAGGUUGCAGAGACAAAGAGAUUCUUGUCUCCAUGAGAUCAGAGACAUGGAGGAAGAACUUGAAACUCUGAGUCAACGUCAGAAGACCCUAAAGGAUGGAUCCUGCUCGAAGAACAAUGUCAUCAUGUCAGUGCUGGAGAGGGAGGAGAUGGAGAGACAGCUGGACAGUGCCAAAACUGAACUGUUUGCUGAGCAGAGACGUGCACGAGAGAAGCUAGAGUCCAUGCAAGAGAAUUUGGAGCAGACUCGUGAGGAACUCCAGAGGGCCACAGAGGCAGAGAGCUCACUGAGGAACAGAUGUGUUUGUCUGGAGCAGAAACAGAUCCAGAAAAAGGAGCAGAUUGAGGCACUUGAGGUUCAAGUAAGCGAGCUGCAGGUUGAACUGGGAGAAUGUAAGAUCAGGGUGGGUACUCUGGAGAAGAUGUUGGCCCAGAAGGAGCUGCAGCUGCUGGAUUUCCAGGAACAACAAGGGGCCUUACAAGCAGAGAGAGACGGACUGAAGGGGGAGCUACAACACCUGAAAAGCCAGCACUACAAAGCAGUGAAGGAAGCCCAGGAACAAACCUACAGAUUGAUGGUUAAACAGCAGGCUGAGGAGGAGAAAGCCAGUGCUUUGAAAGAACACACACUGGUUCUCACGCGAUGCAUUGAUGCAAUGCAAAGUUCCAUUCAGCUAAAAGAAGAAGAGGCAAAGAAUCUAAGGAUCUCUCUGGAGCAGCAGAGGGAGGCGGCAAAGAACCGCAAAGAGGAGCUGCUUAAAGACACCUCUGAAAAGGUGAACAAGGCAAUAGAGGAGAAGAGGAGGAAGUGGGAGGAAGAAAAAGUGGAAGCUGUGAAGGUGCACUGUGGGAUUCUGGAAGAGCAGAACAAAAAGAGCCAGGAAAGCAUGAGGAGUGAGACGCAGCGAGAGAAGAGUAGAGCACAAGCUCUUCAACAUAAAGUGUUGGAACUAAAAACAAGGAUGCAGGAGUUGGAGAGUGAAAGCUGUGCACAGCAGAGAGAGCAGGAGUGUUUGCUGGCUGUUAUUUGUAAAUCACUGAAAGAGGAGCACCAGGCUGAGCUGCAGAGGUUGAAGAAACAGAUGGCACAGGAGAACCAGAGGACGGUGCUGCAGCUUGAGAAGGCUUCUCAGCUGGCAAAGAAAGAGGCUGACAGGCUCCAGGUGACGCUGGAAGAAAGGGAACGAUGUUACAACAGAAUCACUGCUGAGCUGGACCAGCAGCAGAGACGCUGGGCCCAGGAGCUGGGAGCAGAGUGCCAGCAUGUGCAACUCUUAGUGGAACAGAGUGGAGCCAGACAAAGAGCUGUGCAGCUGCCUGCCAGUCCGACAGUAGCUGAGGCUCUUACAACCCUGAGAGCACUGAGAGAGCAGCUGGAGCAGUGGAUUAUCCAUCUACACCAGGAGCUGGGUUCACAGAAGCAAACUACUGAGCAGCUGAGAAAAGACAAGGAGAGAGAAUUGAGCGCCCAGAGGCAGCAGCUUAGGGUGGAGAGAGAUAGAGCCUUAGACUCUGUGAAGGAGCGUCUCAUUCAGGAGCACAUUGAGGAGUUGAGCGGCUUGAACAGGGCUCAGCUGACUGACGGAGGGGCUGAAGGAGGAGCAGCCGUAUCUCUGCGCAAGCAGUUGAAGGCCAAAGACGUGGAGCUCAGGCAGGUUCAGAGGAGCAUGGCUCAGUGGAAGCAACAGACUGCAGCUCGUCUGGCAUGCAAAUUUGAAGAAGAGCUGACCGCUGAACUGGAAAGGUGCAAGGCAAAGUUGUUAAGAGGAAGAAAAACAUCAAUGACUCGAGGGGAGGGACAGAGAACGUCAGAGAGGCCUGAAGAAGGGAAGACUCUUAGUGUAAAGGAUGCCCAAACUUUAGUUUGCUCUCCCUCCCUCCAUGUGGUGGACUCUGCAGCCUCCCACAGCCCCUCAGACGUGGCUUCAUUUAAGCUCCUGCGUUACCUCCAGAGCAGAGUGAAGCAGCUCCGUCUAGAAAACCAGGCCUACACCUGGAUCUCCUCUCCUCACUCAGCUUCGUUAGAUAUGUCAGAAUCCUCUCUAAGAGCAAUCGCUCAUGGACAAGACAGUGCGGGAAUUCUGACCCAGGCAGCAAUCAGGACAGUCCCAAGUUGAGGAAAUGCUUUACAGAAUGUGCCAAUUAUUAUUAAAGUCUGAUUCUUGAGAAUUUCAAGUUGUUGCAGACCACAGCGAUGAAUCAUUUACUGUCACAUGUGCUUAAGAUUGCAGAUUAACAAGCAGGUCACAGUGACAUCAAUGACCCAACUGACGAGUCAUGAAGUUCAACUCCCUCUUUGUUCAGAAAGUCACAUUUUAUGGUUUACAGUUACAGAUAACUGUGAAUGAGUGAUGACCUGACAUUUUACUACAGACCUGAAGAUCAUGUGAGUUAAGUCAAAUAAUCUCAUAUAGCUGACAGGUCUUUCUCUAGGAAUCCCUUGUGUAAUCAUAAAUGUUGUGUGAAUUUUAAUUGUACAAUAAAAUUCAGUAGGUUUCUAGUUCGAAAAAUUGUCUGUAGCAUCUAGUAUGCCUAAUUCACUUGAAAAUGUUAAAUCUUGAUUUAAACUUUUAAACUGUAAAAGAUUUAAAAGCCAUGACAUUCGCUAUGAAACGUGCAGUAUUUAAUUUUCCAUUUGUUACACUUAUUGAAUUGUUUUCAAUGUCUUGAUUGAUCAUUUGUGGCGGGUCAAUCCUGUGACCGUUACCUAUCCUAAUAUACUGUAUUUAACA